GUGAGCACCGGUGUUCGCCUGGGAAUGGGUUUUGACCAGGGCCCUCGGAGCUUGUGAGGCGGAUCAUUGGCAUCACGCAGCGUAUGUCCCAGUACAGGUGAAAUGAGAGCGCACGUGUUUUAGCUGGAAGGCCAAUUUCGCCCAGGUGCAGAAAAAUGGAGACUCGCGGCAUCAUGUUGCAGGGUCGUCUUUCGUAUCCUUCUAGUGCUUGCUUUCAGGGGAAGAAUUCGGUCUCCGUGCGCUCACAGCGCAAUGUCGUAGGAUGUGGGAUUUUGUUGAAGAGCAGGAGGAAUGUGUGGCUCUGUGGAGGAAGUAGUGGAAUUUCUGGGUCCUUGGUGUACAGGAGGGGCAGAAGUGUCAGUUUCUGGAGCUUGCGGGUAGGGAAGAGUAGCGGGGAGGGAAGGGGAGGACUCGUGGUGAGGUGUAACGAGAGCGAUGAAGUGGACAUGCCUCCGGAGGACCCGGCAUACACUAGCUACGUUGAUCCCAACACUGGCGAGCCUUCGCCUUCCUAUGGUACUAGGGCGCCAUUGCCCCCAGCUGCAUUCUGGGGGGAUGAUGCGAAGCGUGUUGUAAGGUCAGGGCAGGCAGCUACUCCCAGUGAUACGGGAAUGAAGGACCGGGGUGGUGGUGCAAUGUCGAGUAGAGACUUUGUCUCCAAGAGGAAGAACGCAAGUGUAGCGAGUCGAGACGGCCAGAAAGUGCCGAAUGAAUUUGAGGAGGAAGUUGAGGAGGAGGAAGAUGAUGAAAGGAAUGCUUCUGGCGAGGAGGAGGAGGAUGAAGAGGAGGAUGCUGGGCUUGUUCUCCAGCAGAGUGAAGAAGGUCUUGUGCACGAGUCGGACCAGCGGCUGGAAAAUGACGAACUAUGGUGGAAUCAUCAGAAGCCCUCCAAGGAUAAGGAGCCUUGGAGUGCAUGGCAAAAGCGCAUGGGUGACGGUGAUAGUGUCAUCGCAACAGCAAUGGCAAAAGCGGGUCAAAUCGAGCUCUUUGGUGAUAAACCAACAAUAGCCGAGGCCAGUUUGGCGCGAGCUAGGAAGCGUGUGUUUUAUGAUGAGCGGAUGCGAGAGGAGGAAGAGCGCAGAAAAGAGGCUGGGGCAGUUGCGUAUUAUAAGGAAUGGGUAGGAAAAUGGAAGAAAGAUACCUCGAAGGUGACUGUUGAGGAGAGGGCAAAGAGCACGGGUGAAGGGGUGGUGGACCAGCUGCUCGACAUGUUACAGCAUCAAUCUCGUAGGGAAUACCGACGCAUGCAGGGAACCGAUAUUCGUAUUGCUCGUGAUCCUUUGACCUUGCGCAUGUCUGACGAGGAAAUUAUACAAGUUUGGGGAGGCGAUCCCGUUUACCCGACUAAAAACUAUGAGCAGGAUCCUGAUGCUGUAGCUGACUACCGUAAUGAGAAUUUGCAUGAGCCUACGCCGGACAUCGUUGAUUUAUUGCAAGAUGAUGGCAUACUAAUUACCCGAGAACAACUUCAGGAAAUACUGGACAGAGAAGAGAGAGAAGAGAGAGAAAAGGAGCUACUAGAGGAUGACGAGGAUGCAAUGACAGGAGCCAUCGAUAUCGGUGACAAAGAGCUUGAUGAUGAUGAUGAAGAUGACGACGACGACGAUGAUGAGGACGAGGCGAGUGACGAAGAGGAUUUCCAAGAUGAUUUAGAGUGGAAAGCGAGCAUCAGCCAACAUCAACUUCCGUCUGGGAAGCCCAAGUUAAGUAGAGAAACCAAGAAAUUCUCACCUGUCAUUGACUUGUUGGACCAAAUAGAUAGUUCCGACUUGCUAGAAUAUGUCGGUGAUGAGGAAGACGAAGAGGAUAGCAUAAAGGAUGUAGAUAACUAGCUAUUAUCUCUAACACAUUGAUUUCUCAAACAUUUGUGGCUCCAUCCAAAGUUAGAAAGUAAUGAGGAGAUGGAUACUCCUUGUAUGUGCAUGAUAUCGAAUGUCCACUUAGCCACUCUUGGGCAGUGUGUGUAUAUAUAAACACACACAUAUUGGUCCCCGAUGCGCUUCUAUUUAGCACAAAUCGAUUGUUGUAAUUCAGCACUAAAAAUAUGAAAGAUUGGGUUUCAGUAACAGCCUCUCUGUUAUAGCUGUUCCCUCAAAUCACUUCAAACCCAA